UUGUUUUCUUGAAUUGUGAUUUUCUUUAUUAUACUACGUUUAAUUGGUAGAGUUUACAAUUUUCUUUGAUGGGUUCGGUCCAAUUUUCUCUCUUUUUGCACUUUUUACUGUGCUUGGGUGAUGAUCUUGUCGUGAAUUGUGAUUUCAUGGCCAUGCAUGUGCUUGUGAUUACAAGGGAAUAUCUUUUCUUUUAAAGAAAAGAAUAUCAUCUGGGAGAUGUGACUGUAUUCUUCUGUUAUUGUUGAUUUUCUUGCCAUGCAUACAAACAGAUGAUGAUAUUUGGCAAGCCUAAUAUGCGAAGCGUGAGCAAAGAUUAAUUAGAAUGCAUUAGAAAAUGGGAGGUGGCAAGGACAAGUCUGACAAAGAGUCUACAGACAAGGGACUGUUUUCAAAUCUUGCUGGCUAUGCUGGUGGACAUUACCCUCCAAGCGCACCAUACCCUCCACAUGGUUAUCCACAACAGGGAUACCCACCAGCAGGUUACCCCCCCCCUGGCGGCUACCCACCUUCGGGCUACCCUCCCCCAGGAGGAUACCCACCAGCAGGUUACCCUCCUCCUGGCGGUUACCCUCCCCCUGGCGGUUACCCACCCCCUGGCGGCUACCCUCCUCCUGGUGCUUACCCUCCAGCUGGUUACCCUGGCCCAUCUGCUUCACAUUAUUCAGCAACUAUAACAGGGCAUGGACCUGGAAUGGGGACAAUGUUAGCUGGAGGUGCUGCUGCUGCUGCAGUUGCUUACGGGGCCCACCAGAUGUCCCAUGGAGGUUCCCAUGGCUAUGGUCACGGAGGUUACCAUGGCUAUGGUCAUGGAAAGUUUAAGCAUGGCUAUGGUCAUGGAAAGUUUAAGCAUGGCAAGUUUGGCAAGCGCUGGAAGCAUGGCGGAUUUGGAAAGCACAAGGGCAAAUUCUUCAAGAGAUGGAAGUGAUUUCUUCCAAAGCAACCAUUCUGUCAUAUUACACUGGCUUCAGCUUUCUGGUAUAACUGAUUUGGCUCUUUGAGACUGAUUUAUUAUUCUCGUAAAGAAUUUACCCUCAGUUCGGGUGUUAAUACAGUUCUGUCUCACUCCUAUUAUAUAAUAAUUGCUCUGUAUGGUGUUUCUGUGUAUAUAAAAAUUAGCCUGACCUUCAUUCCCAGUUUC